AUGCCUAUCUGUGAGGUGGAUCAACUGCCCACCAACGGUAACUCGCGCUUAUGUCAAACUGGACCACAGAGCGGAGACAUCGAUUCAUUGAGCAGUUGCAGUAAUGACAGCUUUGGUAUCUUGACUCCAUCUGCUCCCUCUCGUUUCCUCCACUACCUGAGGCGUUUGGCAGUGCCACUGGCUCUAGGCCAGUUUCUCUCCGCCCUGAUAGCUGUUACCGGCAUAGCCAGCAACUACCUUGUCCGCUUUGGUGUCAGUCUUCCACUUACUCAAAACCUCCCGCACUACUUUCUUCUUACCAUCAUCUACGGCAUCUUCAGCUGUCACAGAUUCCUCUCCCACCCUACUGAAACCCUCCACACACGCAGUCUAGAUUUGUGGUACUUUCUUCGUAGCCGUGGCUGGCAAUAUUUUAUUGCUGGCACCAUCGAUAUGCAUGCAAACUGGGCAAUCGUCUCCGCCUAUGGCUACACAAACCUGACAAGUGUACAACUCCUUGAUUGUCUUACCAUCCCCACAGCUAUGAUUCUUACUCGAUUCUGCUUGAAAACGCACUACAAGUGGGUUCACCUUGUGGGCGUGAUUAUCUGUCUGGCCGGCGCUGGAGCAAUGGUUGGUGCGGACUACCUAGCAGCAAAAGAUGUCGACACCGGUGUUGGAAGCGAAGCGGCAAGCGCCGUCUCGCAAACUUCAUCAGUGAUGUUUGGCGACUUUUUGGUAAUCGCCGGAGCGGUAGGAUAUGGCGCCUCCAACGUUUAUCAGGAGCAUCUGGUGCGUAAAUUUGGAAUUAUUGACUAUUUGAGUUUAACUGCACUGGCAGGUACUUUUUGGACAGCCAUUUACUGCAUCGUUGUGGAGCGAAAAAAAAUCGCCAUCGAACUAACCCACCUAUCAGAAAACCUAAACUUGGCCGCCUCUCUGGGAUGCCUGGCGGGAUAUGCUGCGGCUAUGUUCCUGCUUUACACCACUCUACCAUUUGCCCUGUCAAAAACCAACUCGGUCUUAGUGAAUCUCUCUCUCCUCACCGCGGACAUAUAUGCCCUACUGAUUGGUAUCUAUCUCUUCGGAAACAUAUUCCACCCACUCUAUCUUGUGGCCUUCGGGGCGAUUAUGGUGGGCCUCUGUCUGUUUGCCUCAAGGGAUCCCAUCCUUCGGGACACGGUAGCGACUCCUCUGAAUGAGGACGAAAUUUGA